AUGACCUCGAUUGUUCAAGACUUGUGGCAAGCUCCCAGGGACUGGACAGCUUGCUUAAAUUGUUCUCAUAUCGGCCUUAUAUCAGUCGGAAUCUUGCUCAGCGUUGCAAUAACACGACGAUAUCUGACGCCGCUUCGAACAUACCCAGGGCCACCCCUAGCCUCGAUCACACGGCUCUGGAAGAUCAUUGAUGUUGCGACUGCGAGAACCAACGUCAACAGCAUAGAAUUGCAUCGCAAAUAUGGCCCUUUCGUGCGCAUCGCUCCCAAUGAGAUAUCCGUCUCGAGUCCUCAGGCGGCAGCGGAGAUAUUGGCGCCAGGGAAAGGCUUCACAAAGACAGACUUCUACAGCGUUUUUCCACCGCAAGAGCCAAAAGACAUCUUCACCGAGACCAAUGAACAUGUGCAUGCGAAGAAGAAGCGAGUGGCCGCCGUGCCCUAUAGCUUGAGCAAAAUAGUAGCUAACUCGGAUGCUUUCACGAGCACGAUGAAAGUCCUGAUAAGUAAGUUCCAUGAUCUCUCCCAAUCGCAGGGUGUGAUUGAUCUGGGCGAAUGGUUGCACUAUUUUGCCUUCGACAGUCUCGGCGAGGCGGUCUUCUCAACAAACUUUGGCUUUCUCGAGGCCGGACGCGACAUCGACGACACAUUGAACACGAUUAAGCGGGCUGCACGGUACGGUAGUAUUGUCGGCCAAGUACCAUUCCUGGACAGAUUUCUGUUCAGUAAUUGGAUUAUGAGAGCACUGCCAUUCAAGCGGAAAGACCUACUAGUGGCCUCCAGAGCGUUGGCCGAAGUGCAGCAACGCAAGCCAUUCAACCAAGAUAAAGGAAAUGGACGCAAAGAUGUCUUAGAUCAUCUUGUUGCAGGCCAUCUCAACUCUGCGGCAAGUUUCACUGAAGACGAUGUUUCCGCGAUUGCCAUUGGUGCAAUUUUCGCAGGUUCAGACUCGACGGCAUCUACAAUGCAGUCCUUUUUUCACCUGGUCUUGCAACACCGGCGUGUCUAUGAUCGUAUCGUAGAUGAGCUCCAAUAUCAUCAAAUCUCUGGGAAUCUCACGUCUGACUUGAUCACGUACGCAGAGGCUCAGCAACUUCGGUAUUUUCAAGCCGCACUCACCGAAACCAUGCGGCUUCGGCCAGCCGUUGGUGUUAACAUCUCUCGAGAAGCUCCACGCGAUGGCGUGACAAUACAGGGUCGACAGUUCUCUGAGCAUACGCGCUUCGCCGUCAACGCAUGGGCGGUCCAUCGAGACUACGAGGUCUUCGGAGAAGAUGCAGGUCCUUUUCGUCCGGAGCGGUGGCUGGAGGGUGAUCAUGAACGGAUCCGCCUUAUGCGGAAGCACCUUUAUCAGGUGUGUUAUUCCACAAUAACCGAACAUUUCCCCUCGAAUUUGGCUUAUCUGUUUCUACAGUUUGGUGCUGGUAGCCAUGUCUGCCUCGGUCGCAAUCUGGCGCUUCUUGAGAUGAAUCGUCUUCUGCCUCAACUUCUGCGUGAGUUCGAGAUGGAGUUGGUAGACCCGACUCGGGAGCUCAAGGCAGAAGCCGUAUUCUUUGUCAUCCAGUCUGGCUUGGAAGUUCGCAUCAACCAGCGAGCAAAUCAGUCGAUACCACGAAAGACAAUCGGUAGGUGA